UCCAAAAGACCAUUAUUGUAAGUAUAUGGAUAUGUAAGGCAAAGAUGGGUGGAGUGCUGGAGGUUAAUAAAAGGAGAUCAGAAAUGAGGUCAAAGCUGACAACAGAUAUGCUGUUGGAGGGCGGUCCGGGAGGAGCCCACCUGCUUAAAAAGAGAAAGAAUUUCAGCAGAGAAAGAUGAUAAUGUUGUGCAGACACUAAUUGUGCCCUUGCAUUGAUGGUCAAAUAUAGGGGUGUAGAUAUUCUCACUAGCGCAAUCAUUGAGUAAGACUGGAGAUAUAUUCUAUUAAAUUGCCACAAGAAUGAGCAUCAAGGUAUUUGUAACUUGGGUGGUUGUUGUUACAAGUACACUUAUCUCACCUUCCUCUCAGAGUUGUAUAACUCAGUGGUUUGACCAUGAUGACCCCAGUGAUGAAAAGGGAGACAGUGAGCUCUUGGCUGACCUUCUCAAUGUAUAUCCUGGACAAAUAUGUCCAAAUCCAAUCGAUAUAGAUGUAGAGCCAGUCUCCGGCAUACCAUCAAAUGAAACCUUCAUUUUCAUUUCAGAAGUGAGAUAUAAUUCAACAAUUGGGUUUGAGUGCAUAAAUUCAAACCAAAGAGGAGUAUGUGAUGAUUAUAAGGUGCGCUUCACCUGCCCAGAGGAAUGGUGUUCAACAUGUAGGACACCCUGGUUUGACCAAGGUAAUCCAAGUAUAAUAGGAGACUCUGAGACUCUGUCAUCAAUCAUGUUGACAUACCCACUACAGGUCUGCGCUCAGCCCAUUGCUAUUGAGGUCGCAACCACUAGUGGGAUCCCUGUACUACCGGAUGCACGUUUUCCAAUAUAUGAUCCAACUCAGGGCUUUACUUGUGUGAAUCCACCACUAAUUGGAUGGUGGUGGUGGAAGUGGUGGUGUAAGGACUACAAGGUUCGUUUCACAUGUCCGAGGAGUUUUUGCAAACCAAAGUGUGUAACAAGGUGGUAUGAUUCUGAUGACCCUGAUACAAAUGGAGGUGAUUUUGAAUUUUUGUCUACCAUUCUCAAUAAGUACCCUGGAGAAAUAUGUCCAAAUCCAAUUGCAAUAGAGGCUCAGACUGUCUCUGGAGAUCCUGUGUAUCAAACUGGAAAUAACAUUCAACUGCAUAUUUCAGCAUUUGGGUUUUCUUGCACACACGUAAAACCAGGAUUUUGUGCUGACUAUAAGGUGCGCUUCACCUGCCCAGAUGAAUGGUGUUCAACAUGUAGGACAACCUGGUUUGAUCAAGAUGAUCCAGAUCAAGAAGGAGACUGGGAGACUCUGUCAUCAAUCCUGUUGAAAUACCCACUACAGGUCUGCGUUCAGCCCAUCGCUAUUGAGGUCGCAACCACUAGUGGGAUCCCUGUACUGCCGAAUGGACAUUUUCCAAUAUAUGAUCCAGCACAGGGCUUUGCUUGUGUGAAUCAACCACUAGGUGGAUGGUGGUGGUGGAGUUGGUGGUGUAAGGACUACAAGGUCCGUUUCACAUGUCCAAGGAGUUUUUGCCAACCAAAGUGUGUAACAAGGUGGUUUGAUUUUGACGACCCUACAAAAGGAGGCGAUUUCGAACUCUUGACAACCCUUCACCAAAAUUACCCUGGAGAAAUAUGUCCUAAUCCAAUAGGAAUACAGGCUCAGACCAUCUCUGGCCAGCCGGUGUAUCAAACUGGAAAUUACAUUCAACUAUCUAUUUCAGCAUCUGGGUUUUCUUGCAAACACUUAAAACCAUUUUGUGCUGAUUAUAAAGUGCGCUUCACCUGCCCAGAUGAAUGGUGUUCAAAAUGUAGGACGCCCUGGCUUGACCGAGAUGACCCCGGUGGAGUAGGAGACAAUGAGACACUGUCAUUACUCCUGAUAAGAUACCCACUGCAGGUCUGCCCUAAGCCCAUCGCCAUAGAGGUCACAACCAUUAGUGGGACCCCUGCACUGCCACCUGGAAACAUUUUUGUAGUAUAUGACCCGUUACAGGGCUUUGAGUGUAAGAAUGGGGCCUGUCAAGACUACAGGGUCCGCUUCACAUGUCCAUUAAGUUUUUGCAACACAACGUGUGUAUCCAGGUGGUUUGAUUCCGAUGACCCUAAAACAAAUGGAAGCGACUCUGAACUCUUGUCUAAACUUCUCAGUUUGUACCCUGGAGAAAUAUGUGCUAAUCCAAUCGGAAUAGAGGCUCAGACCAUCUCUGGUCAGGCAGCGUAUAUAACUGGAGACAUCUUUCAAGUGUAUAAUCCAGUCUCUGGGUUUGCUUGUGUAAAUGCAGGCCAGGCAGGAGGAGGGGUUUGUGAUGAUUAUAAAGUGCGAUUCUCAUGCCCAGAGACAUUUUGCUCAAUUUGUAGGACAUCUUGGUUUGACAGAGAUGACCCUGAUAAUCCAGGAGAUCGUGAGAUGUGGAAAGAAAUUCAGACAUCACCAUAUGUCUGUACAUCACAUGUCACAUAUCUGCCCAUUGCUAUUGAGGUUGUCACAACUGUUAGUGGGAGCCCUGCACUGAUGACUGGAAACCUUUUUCAAGAAUUCGAUCCACUUGAGGGCUUUGAAUGCGUGAAUGAUCAACAGGGUGGAGGGGUCUGUCAGGACUACAAGGUCCGCUACACAUGUCCGAAAAGCUUCUGCGAGAUGGUAUUUCAAACAAACCUCACAUUUGAGGUCAUUAAUGGUAGAAAUUAAGCUUUGGUCAAACUACAUUUUCAAUUUAAGUUUAGAUAGCCAUGUUAGAUUCAAUGAAGAAAAAAGAGAAGAAUAUUAAAGAUUUGCAUUAUCCUUCCCUGUCUCAGCUUUUGUUGUUGUUAGUCAAGUUGUGUGGUGAAAUUCUUUGUAAGAACAUUGGCAGAAACUGUUUAUGGUGA